GACAGCGGGCGGACAUAUUGGAUUUAAAGGGGCUCGAGCAGGCUGCAAAGAAGUUGACUUAAGUUUUUGCUAAGUGGGUUUUUAAAAACGUAAAUAUAUAUAAUCCCUGAUUUUUCCUACUCUUCACCCCGCUCCAAAAACUAAUAACCCCUUCUUUGGGAGAGAAUCCUGCUAUGACUUUAUUUUUCCCGGUGGCUUACGAGCCGGGAUUGAAAGCGUACCUUUCCCCUGGGAGUGACUAAUCCUGACGUGAAGAUUCAGUUUGUUUACAUCGUUCUCAAAAAUCUCAGCUCUACUUACCGUAAACGGGUCAACUUGGUCACCUGAAGAGAAAGUUCCGUAUAGUUUUCUGAAAAGAUGUCCACAAUGGUUUACCCGAGAGAAGAGAAGCUAGAAAAACUAACCCAGGAGGAAAUAAUCUCAAAUACCAAACUUGUGAUCCAAGGCCUGGAAGCCUUAAAGAAUGAACAUAACUCAAUUCUCCACAGCCUUCUAGAGACCAUCAAGUGCCUGAAGAAAGAUGAGGAGGCUAACCUGGUACAUGAGAAAUCCAACCUCUUGCGCAAGUCUGUGGAAAUGAUUGAGCUUGGACUUGGAGAGGCCCAGGUGAUGAUGGCCCUCUCCAGCCACUUGAAUGCCGUUGAAUCUGAAAAACAAAAGCUGCGUGCACAAGUGAGACGAUUAUGCCAAGAGAAUCAGUGGUUAAGAGAUGAACUGGCCAACACUCAGCAAAAACUUCAGAAGAGUGAACAGAGUGUAGCACAAUUAGAAGAGGAAAAGAAACAUCUUGAAUUUAUGAAUCAACUCAAGAAGUAUGAUGAAGAUGUCUCUCCUUCUGAGGAAAAAGAAGGAGAGGCAUCUAAAGAUUCACUAGAUGAUCUUUUCCCUAAUGAUGAAGAGGAACACAAUCAAGGAAUGCAACAUCCACAUAACAGUGCAGCUGUGGCAGCAGCACAGCAAGGUGGAUAUGAGAUCCCAGCUCGACUUCGAACACUACAUAAUUUAGUGAUUCAGUACGCUUCCCAGGGGCGUUAUGAAGUUGCUGUGCCCCUGUGCAAACAAGCUCUGGAGGAUUUGGAAAAGACGUCCGGGCAUGAUCACCCAGAUGUGGCCACUAUGCUAAACAUUCUAGCUCUGGUUUACAGGGAUCAGAACAAAUACAAAGAGGCUGCACAUUUACUUAAUGACGCCUUAUCUAUCAGAGAAAAAACUUUAGGAAAAGACCAUCCAGCUGUUGCUGCAACUCUAAAUAAUUUGGCUGUAUUAUAUGGUAAAAGGGGAAAAUACAAGGAGGCCGAACCACUCUGCAAGAGAGCUCUUGAGAUAAGAGAAAAGGUUCUUGGAAUAGAUCACCCCGAUGUAGCAAAGCAAUUGAAUAAUUUAGCUCUGCUAUGUCAAAACCAGGGUAAAUAUGAGGAAGUAGAAUUAUACUACUGCCGUGCACUUCAGAUUUAUGAAUCCAGGCUGGGACCUGAUGAUCCAAAUGUGGCAAAAACAAAAAAUAAUUUGGCAUCUUGCUACUUAAAGCAAGGCAAAUAUAAGGAGGCAGAAAUUCUCUACAAAGAGAUCCUUACCAGAGCCCAUGAGAAAGAAUUUGGAUCUGUGGAUGCUGAAAACAAGCCAAUAUGGAUGCACGCUGAAGAGCGAGAGGAGAUGAGCAAAGGAAAACAUCGAGAGAACAUUCCUUAUGCAGAGUAUGGUGGCUGGUACAAGGCAUGUAAAGUUAAUAGCCCCACAGUCAAUACUACAUUGAGGAAUUUGGGAGCACUCUAUCGUCGACAGGGAAAGCUUGAGGCAGCAGAGACCCUUGAGCAGUGUGCCCUAAGGUCCCGGAAACAGAGUUCUACAGGCACUGAUCCCAUAAAUCAAACAAGAGUUGUGGAAAUUCUGAAGGAUGGUGAGAAUCCUGAGAGAAGGCGCAGCCGGGACAGCUUGGGACCCUCCGUUAAAUAUGAAAGUGGAUUAGAAGGAGGAGAGGAAGUGAGUAUGGCAGUAGAAUGGAAUGGGGAUGGUAGUGGUGCACUGCAGAGAAGUGGUUCAAUAGGGAGAAUCCGUGAUGUUUUUCGGAGGAGCAGUGAGUUGUUAGUAAGGAAGCUGCAAGGAAGUGUUUCACCUGAACCAAGAAAUCCAAACAUGAAACGUGCCUCUUCAUUAAAUUAUCUGAACAAAACCAGCGAUGAAUCUUUUCUGGAUCCUGAAAGACGCAGACUUGCACAGACUCGUGGACUCAGUUCCAGUGAAUUGGACAUUUCACACCGUAAAUCAAAUUAUGAGACAUACUAAGCAUCCUAGAUUACACUCCAUUCUUGUGUUUGACACUCUCCACUUCUCAAAAGGAGAAAUUAAUUAAUGUAAUCCCUGAAUCGCUCUGUUAUGCUGCAAUGAUUUGUUUUAGGGCACUUUAUUUUGUUAAUCUUCUAGAAAUUCUAAUGAAUUUUUUGUGUUUUAUGGUGUUUAAAUGUGUAAAUCUAAAAAAGCAGAUGACUAUUUUAAACUAACUUUUUAUCUUAUGUAUAAAUUCACUCCAUCUGGUUUUCAUGCGUUUAUUUCAUGGAGUUUACACUACACUGUACUCUGGGGUUGGCUAAAGGUAACGACAUGAAAACAUGCUGUAGAUAUUGGUAAAAGGAAAAUUAUAAAUUCUCAAGUCUCAUCUACCUAAGCACUCACCAGAUCAGCAUCCCUCUCCUUCCCGUUUUAGGCCGACUUGAAAGUCGUGGGACAUUUUGGUCCUAUGGACUUGAUGUUAACCAACCUCGUUCUGAUCUACAGAGCUCUGGUUGUGAUCGAUUGAAUGACAGAUGUAUUAAAAAUAGAAAUCUGAUUUAAGCCAACGAUUACUUAUUAAAUGUUGUGGUGCUGUGAAUUAUUAUUUCCCUGCUUAUUAAAUUAAACUUAAACCCUUUACUAGCAAUGCAUAAUCCAAGUUGUGAAGGGUCAAAAUUUAGAAACCCAUCAGGAAGGUGUUUGCUUGAAAGGAAACGGUUUGCUCUGUUUUUAAGACUAGAGGUAAAUAGCAAUGAGAGUUUUCAAUGUCCGGUGUUAUCUGCCUCUCUUUUAAAAUAUGUAUGCUUUUUAUAUUUUGAGGUUUCAGAUGGCAAAAUGUAAAAUUCUGUGGUAUAAUCAGUGAAAAGUUUCUUUCUGUAUGGAAGGAAUUGUAAGAUUGUUUUAUUUUAAUACAGCAAGUGAAGCUACUCUGGUAUAGUGCAAAGGGUUAAAGUGAUGGCUUCUGAAAAGAAAAUUAUAUCGCCAAGUCAUAAAUACAUUUAACAUUUACAUUACAACACUGACAUCCCCUUUCAGAGGCAUUAACUUGUUAAAAAAUAUAUUCUUUAAUAAGACAAGAUUAUAUAUUUUUUUGCUUUGUUAAUUUAUUUAUGUGAACAUUAGUAGGGCUGGGUCUUCAACCUAGCACAUUUUAUUUAAUAUAAAUAUUCCUUAGCGAAGUGUGUAGUGACAUUAAACGACUGAGCUGAAUCUGCACAAUGCCAUCUAAGAUAAUAAAGGUAAACCUAUCAGGGCUGGUGCAAUGACGUCUUUGAAAUAUGAUCAGCUGAAUGUUCAGUACAAUUUUAAACACUUCUUAUAAUAAGGACUGUUCAUCGUUGUUAAUCCAGACCCCUUAAACCUUCUGCUAUCUGAGUCUCCGUGUGAUUCUCAGCGUGGUUAACUCGGCUUGUGGAAUGAGCUGACCACCACUUUAAGAUACCUUCUGCUGGUGGCCAUUUUAAUUUAGCUUGUUAUUCAUUGAUAAAAUGGUGAAAAACAACAAAAUGAGUAAUUGAAAGCAUUGUACUCUGCAAAUAAAUGACACUACUCUAAGGGCAGACCAGAUCCGUCAACACAGAGCUUAUAAAUGAAUCUAAAUACGUAGACAUCUUUUGAUAUAAAGCUAAUUGUAUACUUUGCUUAGUUUUAAUUGUAAGUUAUAUUAGUUUUACCUGGACACCCCAACGCCUUGAUUUGUUUUAUUGAGUGUUUUAUUGGUGUAGGAUUAUUUAAAAUUAUAGAUUUAUACUGUAUAAUUAAUAAUGCACAUAAAUCACUUUAUGAAACCUUUUAUAUUCAAAAGAAAAAGCUCUCCUAAUUUUCAUAACCUUGCUUUGUUUUUAAAUAUCAUUCUUAAUCUGGAGUGAAAAUAUGAUUGAUUGUAGAGGUUUUAUGGAUUUUAUAGCUUGUUGCUUUGGGACAUAAUGAAAGUAGUAAAUGUUAAUAGUUUCUGCAUAAGUUACUCUGCAUUCCUUCCUAAAAAAAUUCACUUGCUCAAUUUUGCAGUUUACUCCACCAAAAAAUGAAAAUUGUAUAUGUUAUUUACCCCAUGUAGUUUAGUCAUUGGUCAGAAGAACAAAGAUUCUGAUAUAAUAAGGUGGACAACUGCAAACAAUAUCAAGAUGUCCAUGAAAAAAUCUCCUUACUUAUGUUACAUAAUCCACAUGUCAAAUCGUCCAGUUGUAUGCUGGCAAUGUCCCAAACACUUGUAUUUUACUAAAAUAUUGUUAAAUAAACCACCGCUAGAAAAUACUGUCAAGAACAAAAAUGGAACAAACACACCUGGAUGUGAACAAGUAUUUUUAAUUGUAGACCAGCCUUCCAUCAUUACAUUUUAAUUUAUAGUACCUCAGGAUUAUUUAGGAGCAGCCUGUGAAACUGCUUAGGUGAAUUGACAUGUUUGUUAAAAUAUUUUGGAUAUGCAUAUGUACAAGGCAUACUCUCUACCAGAUAAAGUUUAUACUUGGUUUUCUUUCAUUUUUAAUCUUUCGUCUUACCUGUUUUUAUCACACACUUUUUGUUUAUAGCCCAUAAAAAUGUUUUUACCAGGCUGGACUCAAUGAGUGAGAGGUGGCAAUCAUCAGUUCAAAUGCUCGUUCACGGUUGAGCUUGUUCAAUUUUCAUUCAUGAGAGCAUUUUCGGCAGUGGGUUAUUUAACAAUAUUAUAGUAAAAAUGCAUUUUUCAUAACAGCAGAGCAAAAUUCAGUAGGUAACAUACAGAAAAAUCUGAUGGGUCUCCUGAGCAGUGGUGAGUAGCAUGUAUUUUACAAGGUAAAAUAAGAUAUUUUCAUGCGUCACUGCAGCCUAAUAAACUACAAAUGUCUGCAAGCAUAGCCACUGGUGUUCUGUCAGCAUAUCCAGGUGACCUCUUUGGAUUAUCAAGUUUUCCUAAAUGUAAUAACUGGGUGCCAGCUUGUUAGCCUUUGCUGAAGGAAAAGAAAAGUCGAUAAGCAAGAAGACAAGUUUUAAGUAAGAUGAGAGACUACAUGGAGAGGUGACUGAAAGAUAGAGGAGCAGUGCCAAAGAGUCCAGUUUCAGCUGAAUUAGAGGGGUUUAGGAAAGCCUCCCCAGCAGACAGGGUUUACAGUGCCUGGUACACUACAAGAUGGAGGAGUGAGAUUGUUAAGCGGUCAAGUCUGCCUUAAUGGUGGGAGGUGAACAUUCGAUCGGGACGCCCAGUUUUCUCUUCAGAGUGUUAAAUAGAUGAUUGUUAUGAAAUAUUAGUGCAUGGCCAAAUUGCUCAUUGUGGAGUAUCUGUCAUGAUCAUUUGUAUUUGCUCAGGUUUUAUUUAUUUGAUUAGGCCAACUCAUAUUGAUGUGUCAUUUUUGGCCUUCGGUGGGUAUAAAAAAAUGUUAAUCAGGCCCACAAUUUUAGUCUAACAGCCUGGCCUAUAUAAACUGGAAAUAACAAUUCACUUUGGGCUUAAGGGUCUGUUAUUUUAUAUUCUGUUAACAAUUUUAAUUUUUUUCUUAAUUGUUAAUAGCAUGUUUGUUCUGUAAUUGUGUGUUGAUCAAACUUGUCUCUGUUCCUGAAGUUUUUAUAUACUGAUGAAUUUAUUGCUGCCUUCACACUUUGUGCACACUUGCACCUAAAACAGACCAUCUGUCCAUCAGACUGUGUGUUUUAUAAAGAAACAAUUGCUAUGGUCCAUUGCUAUUUCCAUAUGUUUGUUUUGUACAUGGAAGAUAUUUCUUAUACUACAUUCACAAGCUCUUGGACUAUUCGGAUCUCCGAGUUGUGAUGUUUCACCUUCCCACUUCAGUGUGUUCAUGCAGGUUUCCGGUCGGGCAAUUUAGAGAAACACAAGGAUGUUGUUGAUUUGUUACCUGGCCUGCAAGAAAGCUAUUAAAGAUGAGUGGCAUUUAUUGUGGAAAUAAACACAUUAAAUGUGCAUCUCUUCACUCCCAAGUGCAAGCCAAAACAAAUGGCAUUGCUGGCUAAGCAGGUUUAAUUUUAUACAAUUGACUAAGGUGAAAGGUCAGCAUUCCAUCAAAACUCUGAGAAUUGUAGUAAUUUUAUUUUCUCUGAAUUUACCGACUUGCAGUUCAUAGUGCAUUCCUAUGGAAUUUCCAACUCGGAGACUUGUAUUUACCGAAUAUCCGAUAGCACGUGAAGGCAGCUGUAGUCUGUUUUUGCACAGGUCUUCUAAGGUACUAUGUGUGAGUGUUGGCCGGUUCAGCAUGCAUUCUGUUUUUCCCUGAAUUGUGUGUUUUUCCUUUAUUUUUUAUUUUUUUUAGUAAUACUGCUACAGGUUUAACUUUUGUUUAUAAAUAUUAAGAUUAAUUUUGUGCUGCUUUGAAAAUGACAAGGAGCACAGACUUUCAGGCUGGUUUGCUGUGCUGUAUGUGUAAUGGGCAGUAAAUUAAAUUUGUACUCCGUGAAUAUUUCUUUUUUUAUGUAAAAGUGUUGGGAUAUUUUCAUCAGUGAAUCUGACUAUUGUGUAUUUAAAGAAAUGCUUUUGCUCUUACAUGAACAUGAAAUCAUACUGUAAUUGGUGUCAGAAGAGAAUUAUUUUACUAAUAAAGCAUGUGACUUGAGUAGA